UCUUUCAGGAUGAACAGUGACAACAGCAAGAAAAAGUAAGGCCUGGGAUCGAGGCUAGGAGUGACCGGGAGUCAUUAUUUGGAGUCACUCGCGCCUAUGACACCGAGACUAAGAACUUCUGGCAGCGAAUGGGGAACUGCUGGUGCCUUCACAGCAGGUCACUCAGGAGCCUUCCCCUACUGGAAUCGAAUGUAGAUGAGACUGGGAACUCACCUGAUUCACACCAGAAUGCACAUCGGUUGCCUGAUACUAGUCUCCUGUUGGAAUCAAACAUUGACAAUUGCAAUGACAGUCCACAAGCUUGUACUGAACCGUCACCCAAAGACUCAGGGUUAGACACUGAUAAUACGCAAACUUCGAAACUGUCACCCGGCUUAGUAUCAGUCGAAGGUCAGGUUGAAGAAACCACAUCAAAGUUUAGAGCUGAACUGUCACAAUUCAGUCUAGCCACUGUGAUGCCACCACUUGAAGUGUGUGAUACCGGUGGUUGUACGUACUCGGUUGUUCCUUAUACUACUGAAGUAUUGCCUCCAACUUUGCUGCAGGCUAAAGUUUCUGAGAUGACUGAGCCACCUUAUUUUUGGAAGCAAUGGCAAGAGCAAAUUGAGCAACAUUUUGCGGAAAAAACCCGGUUGAUAGCUGAAUUCCUGGCAGAAAUUGAGCAGCAUGUAGAGAACGAACAAUUGACACAAGUAAAAUUAAAGGAGAAAGAAAAAAAAUACCUAAAAGACACUUCAGAACUCCAGCGAAAGUUAGAAGUCUUAGAGCAAUCUCGAGCCCAGUUGGAACAUCACCUUGAAGAAGAACGAGCUGAGCAUGAAAUGAUAGUUGAAGAAAAGAAAGCGUUGUUGAAAAUGACAAAUGAACAACUUCGAAUUCAGUAUCAUAGCGAAUCAAAAGUAAGAGAAACUGAACAAGUAAUACAUCCAAACAAAGCAUUCAAUCAGCAGAAAACGAAAUAUUGGAAAAAUGAAAUUCACAGACAAAAUGAGGAACACUAUUUGCAAACAGGACUCCUACUGAAUGAGAUGGAACCAAUCCCUGAAGGAAUGACACAAGAUACUUUUACUGGGAAAAUCGAAGUGAUUAAAGAGCCAUUUAACCUCCCAGGUGUUGAAGUAUUAGCUCACACUACCAUUAUCAUCACUAACUCAGCAAAUGCAUUUUAUUGGGCGGAAUAUGGGUUCAAGCUCACCAUACUCCAGGGCUCCCUGCCAGCUGGUGUUGACCAGUGUCAACUAGACAUCAUGGCCAGUGUAGCUGGACAGUACCAGUUUCCCGAAAAUCUCCAAUUGGUCAGCGGUGUCUUCUGGAUACGUCCUCUUCCCUUGUGUCGAUUCCAACAGCAGCUGACAGUCGAGAUACAGCACUGUGCCAAGAUGACCAGCUCCACCAAGCUCUCAUUUGUGAGAGCACAUUGCUCCCAAGAGAGUAUGCCCUACACAUUCAAGCAGCUUGAAGGGCGUGGCUCGUUCACAAAGCACAGCUCAUACGGAUCACUGGAGCUGAACCACUUUAGUGGACUAGCUGUGACAGGAGAGGAUGUGGAAAGAGAGUACAUUGCCAGUCUGUAUUAUCAGCAAUGUGAUCCCCAAACACUGGAAAUUCAUUUUGUCAUCACAUGGGAUGAUGAAGCCCACAUCACUGCAACUAAGGAGUACUUCAAAGAGGUGGGAGCAAAAGAGAGGUCACACUUGGAGGUAGAGUUCAAGAAAGACAAAAUAAUUCUAGACAUUCCAAUGGCUGGUGGCGUAACCAUUGGAGAGUGGAAUCUGUUACCAACUGUCACUCCAUGCAUACGUCAGAGUAGAGUGGAUUCGUUCAAACCUGGUAGAAAGAUUAGAUCACGACGAUUGAAAGCUACCUUAACACGAGACCUUGGAGUGGAAGUCCCUGCUUGCUCCUACUUGGUUACCCUGGAUGGUGCUGAUGAACCAAACCAAAUGCAGAUUGAAAUUGACGCAUACCGUCCCAGUAAAGGGCAAGAUACUUCUGUCGUGAACCAAGUUCCACCAAGUUGUGCUUUAGUACCAUCCUCCAAUGUCUACCAACCACCCACCCAGUACCCGCUGCUCCAAUCAGUGCCAGGAUUCACUCGAGGAUACACUUUUCCACAAAUACGAUAUGCACCAUACCCACCAGCACCUCAGGGAUAUGCACCAUACACACAAGCACCUCAGGGAUAUGCACCAUACCCACCAGCACCUCAUCAGUGGCUGCAAGAUUGUGGUGACCUGAUAACCAUGACUGGCAGAGAAUCAGGCACAGUCAGGGCAAUCGAGUGUCCAGUGUUGAAUAUGGACCAGUUGGUAUAUCGUGUAGGCAUCGACGAAGAUCUCUUAAAAAAAGAAUGUUCAGAGAAGAAUUUAAAAAGAAUAGCCCCUCUCCUUGCGAACUGGCUAAUGUACGCUAAAGCCCUGGAACUGACUCAGUCUCAAAUACAGGACAUAGAUGAUCAUAAACUAUUGAGCACCAACGAAAUGAAGACUCUACUAGUGCUGGAGAAGUGGCAUCAGCUUCAUGCCUUCAAUGCCACCUAUCAUCACCUCAUUAAUGUGUGUCUAAGCUGUGGUCAUGCUACUGAAGCCACUGAGAUUUGCAAGAUUGUCAAAGAGGACUUGUCUCAACCACCCCUCAUCACUGGUGACAAUUUAGAGGCCACUGAAAAUACUUAGAGUUCCCCACAAGAAAACAAAAGACAAAACUCAUUUGUAAAUAUUACGGACAUCAAGUUAAGGAACGUGGAGUGGUGUCUAUUAAUUAAUUAAGUGUGUACAGUUUUUUAUCUCACAUGAUUCACAAUAAUCAUUAGAGACAACCAA